AUGGCGGAAAACUUUAAUAAUCUGCCUUUACUCAACGAGGCAAUCGAUGAAUCAUCAGAGGAAGUCCUAGCUUCCAUGCUAAAGGAAAUAUGCCAGAAGUACCCAUCAAUCACAGAAUUCGUACAGAGUCGACUUCUUGUGUGCGAAGAUGAAGUCGCUCGGCCAGGAACAUCUGCCACGCCCACCAGCGUUCACGAAGGGGGCAACAGCAGCAAUGAUGAAGGGGAGGAUACGACUUCCGCCACGGCUUCCCGUUCUGGGAAAUUGAAAAAGCGCUACGCUAGGUGCGAAAAUUGCGAGGAGGAAUUCGAUGUCACAGGAAAUACUGUCACGAGCUGUUCCUAUCAUCCGAGCGAAUCUGAGCCGAAUUACGAGGAAUUUCUUGACCAUGAUGAAGACUGCCAUGGGAUCAUUGACUCCGAUGAAAUGCGAGAAGACUACCCAGAGAAAUUCUACUUUGUUUGCUGCGAUCGUCGUUACAACGAAAAGGGCUGCGUGAUAGACUGGCACUUGGAGACUGACAAUGAUUCCGGAGUCUGGAAAAGACGAAAGUUUUAA